AAUAAGAUUCAGGUUGCAAUCAUCAGUUAUGAAUUUGUUUUCUAUAAGCCUGCUUGCAUUCGUUGCAAUUUCGUCCGGAAUAUUUGUCACAAUCGAGUCGAGUGAUGGAAAAUUUCAAAGUUUUAUUCAAACUAUCUACAACGCCUGCAAUUUUGAGAGUGUAUUUCUUUUACAAAAUUCCGAGUCCGAUAAUAGUUUCAAUACAAAAAUGUUACACUCACUUGGAAUACCGGUUGUUUUAUCGUCCGACAGAACAAUAUCUUUCUCUUUGAAAGAAAAAUUCAACAACAAUUUUCUUAUCCUGGUCAAUCUUACGAACAACGGUGAAAACAUUCUUCAACUACUCCUGCCAUUUCUUCAUCACAUGCGGCAAUGUAAAAUUGUAUUUCUUUUAAAAAGUUCAUCAAAAAACGAAACAGAACUCAAGGAAGUUUUUGAAUUUUGUUGGCAAAAUGACAUGAUAAAUGUUAUUGCAAUUUUCCGGGACUUUUCGAACUCAUUUACUUACUACAACUUCGUCAAUUUUGGAGUAUUUAAAAUUGAAGAAAUUGUUUGGAAACGAGAACACAAGGAUAAAACUUAUAACUUUUUUCCAAAUCGAAUGCAAAACUUAAACGGUACAACCAUGCCAAUUUCAUUUCAAAUGAGUCCAAAACUAUUGUACGUUCUAAAAAUUGUUCAAGGUGAGCACAUUUUUGGUGGCCCUAUAGGUCAUUUUUUUAGAAGUUUUGCCAAAAGGUACAAUGCUAGAUUAAAUUCGUCUGAUAUUAGAGUUCCACUUCUGGUCGAUGACAUUCUCAAUCUGGUUCGAAAUAAAUCCGUAGAAAUAUAUGCUUUUGGGUCUUUUCUGAAAUUCCCGAUUGAGUUAUUUUCGUAUCCAUAUUUUAAAAUUGAUUUAUGUGUGAUGUUACCAGAUGAACCAAAAAUUCCUAUAGCAGAAGUGUUCACCCGGCAAUAUUAGAGACAACUGCAUUUCUUCGGGGAGAAAAUAUCAUUAUACUUAGAUUCUUCAUUAAUCUAAACUGCUUCGGUGGGGUAAUGGGACAAUCUAUUACCGAAAGGCCAACAGCCAGAUAUACCAACAAAAUCAUCUACUUACUGAUAUUUCUGCUUGCUAUCAUGCUUGAUACUUCAUACGAUGCAUUUCUUCAGACUCUUAUGACCGAACCACCUAAGGAAAAAUGUAUAAAAUCACUCGAAGACAUUGUGACAUCGAAAUUAAAAAUUAAAAGUUCCUCGGAUCAUAUUGAGAUGAUUUACAAACUUAACCCUCAUCUAAAAGAAUACCAUUCCGAAGCUUUUUAUGUCAUGUAUUUAAACAAUUCUGAAUUAAUUGAUAAUGAUGAAAAUACAUUGAAUACAAGAUAUGCCUACGUUGUAUCUGAUCGAAAAUGGAAAUAUUAUAAGGAACUGCAAAAUUUUAUCGGAAAGAAAUUAUUCCGUUGGUCAGAAGAAUUGUGUUUAAUUAGAAGUAUGAUAUGCAGUUUUCCUAUUUAUGAGAAUUCAAUAUACAAAGGUAUUUUUAAUGCUCACACACUGGAUGUUCAUUCGGCUGGAUUAUGGAGAUAUUGGGAAAGAAGAUCUUUUUACGAACAAUUGGAGAUUGGUGAUGCGAAAUUCAGAGAUUUCGAAUUAAAACCAAAAUGUCGUUCCAUAAAAGUGGAAGAUUUCAAAUUUAUUUGGACAGCGAUUGGUGUGGCUUUUGUGAUUAGCAGCUCCUGUUUCGCUGCAGAAAUGUUUGUUUUCAAAUGGAAAGGUCGAAUAAAGUUGAAACGAAACACGUAAAAGUUGUAAUUUUAUUCAAGCG